ACUUUAGGAACAGGGAGAAAAGUAUGUACCUUCACGAGAAAGGUACCCAUUUCACUACCUAGACUAAAUAAAAAAUACAUCUAGUAGUUUUGUAUCAAUGUAAAAAGUAUUUUAACACAGAGAUAAACUGGAUUAUGAUAAUAAUAGCUUCACAUAGUAGCGCACUGACUGGAACAUUGCCCUGCAUUGCAAUAUAAUGUAGUGCUUGCAUUUUGUUGAUGUGCUAUUCUGGUCAGAAUUACAAUCUUGUUUCGGAAAUACAACGAAGUUUUUUAUGCAGCAAUUUGAAUCGUACAAUUUCAGAAGAGAUAAAUCAUACUAGUAGUAGAUACCUCGUUUUAUCUCAAAUAAACUAUUAUGCAUGUUAUAAGCUGUGGACAGUAAUCUCCGAAGGGGUACUCAGAGGUGACUCGCAAGCGACCCACCCGUUUUUUCGGUGUACAUUUGUAUACUCAAAUGAUAGGUCGCGAGCAGUAUCGCAGUUUUAGAAUGUGUACAAUGUACUUAGAGUACACAUCUCUAGGAUCUACAUGUGCACUGCAUUGUGCAGGUGUCCUCACGAUGUUUUCCUUCACCGUAGUACCACUUUUUAUCAGUGAACUUAAAUUCAUUAAUUGAAAAGAUUGAAUUUGGUUCGGGCGUGUGCCCGGAUUCGAACCACAACCUCUAUAAUGAGAGGCAUAGAGCUAAUCCGUUAUGCUACCAUAGGUCAAAUACACUGUACUGGCACAUAAUCAGAAAUAGGUAAGUACAUCAUUUUUAUUACAAACAUGAUUAUUUUAUAAAAUUAAUUAUAUCCAAUCACAAGCAAAUCCAAAUGAACUACUAGUGUUGACUAAAUAUCGUAUUACAAUUUAAAAGAAACUUAAUCAGAGUCAUCAUUUCAUUUCCCAUAAUUUUGGUAAAAUGCUAACUUGCAGUAUACAUGAUCAACUUUUCUUUGUGUGAGUGAAAAUAAUCAUAUCGAUCGAUUGAUUUAAAUUUGACGGAAAUCAAAAGAAAAAUUAUAUUUCAUCAGCGAAGUGCACAGUGAUCGGUGCUCGACGUCUUCCCUCUCCAUUACCUACCAGUUACGAGAAAAAAUGUACGUAAGUUAUAUUUUCAUAAUCUCUGAUUUUUACCAUUGACGCAAAAAGUGGGUGAUAUGUGUUUGAAACCGCUGUCUGUCUGUCACAUCGGUCAACAAAUUUUAGUACGUUUAUUUUUAUUCAAGUCAAGAAGUUCAAAAGUUUUUGAGACUUUUAGCGUUGAAUUUCGGGUUUUAACGUGGUUAGCCUAUUAUUAUGAUCUACCAAUAAGUACUCAAGAUUUGAUUGAAUGUAAACACGAUGUCUCUUCUUUAUUGCAGGUCUGACGGUGAGGGAUUUUAUUCUUCCGAGGAAGAACUGCCACGGCGUCGUCCCGUGAAGCCGGCAGCGCUGAGCGCCGCGCCGAGCACGUCUACUGCUCCCGCCCCAACUCCAUCCGGCUCAAGGAAGCGGAAGACUAAAGCUUCCGAAUCCGCUUCCGAAAGUAGAGCAGCAAUCAAUAAGGGCAAACAAAAAAUUGACCUGGCGACAUACAAUCGUCGCAAAGCAACUGUGGCGGCGCUGUUCGGUGGGUCGGAUGACGAGGCGGAGGCUGCAGCGGCACUGAACAACCCGAUUCAAGAGCUGGAGAGCAGCUUAACCCGAAAAGUUGGGGAUGGGUCGUUGCGGCGAACCGCAAAAUUAGACGGAAGCCUGUUCUGCGAACUUCGUGUUUACGAAGUUCGCGAUAUUAAAAACAUAUCCCCACGGGACCGGUGGACCAAAGCGUACACCAGUCUUAAGUAUCAAUUCGAUUAUGAUAGUCCGGAAUGGACUAACAUAAUUGAUUUUAUUCGGGUUGCGAAGACCCGAUUUACACAGGAGCCAAUAUACUAUCCGAAUAAGAAGUAAAUCUUAGUUGGAUAGUAUAUGUUUCAGAAAAUCGAAUUAAAGUUAAUCGUCUUUAAAAAUAAAAACUACAAAAUAUGUUUAAAUUAUUAAAUAUUGUUCGUUGCUAAUUUAUUUAAUUUAAAUAUUAAUUAAAUUUUACCUUACAUAUUUUACAGAUACCUAAUAUUUUUUUAUCGAUGAUUAACUUUAUUUAGGCUUUCUGAAACCGGCACCUAACUAGGUUAUAGCGGUAUACCAAAUACCUUAUUUUUAACUACUUUAUCUUACUGAAAAUAUAUAAUAAAAUAUAAUAUAACUUAA